CAGAGCAAAGAGAGGGAGAGCGUAGCAUUGCGCGCUCGGAUCGAUCGAUCCAUCUCGAGCAGGGCAGGGCGCGGGGCAGCGAUUGCGGGGGUGGAAUCGAGGGGCGCUGGGCAGAUUUGGGGCGAGAGGUAGGGUUUCUCGCGGCGGCAAUCGAAGGAUUACAGCUGACAUUGAUUGGAUAGCGUCUGCUCUAGCGCCGAUGGAGGGCAAUAUUCCAGCGAGCUCCGAGCAAGCGUCGGUGACUACAGUGGAGAUUAGAAUCAGGACUCUCGAUUCCUCCAAUUACACUGUCCGGGUCGACAAAGACAUGCCCGUCCCCGCCUUGAAAGAUCGUCUAGCUCCUGUUGUGGGUGUUCCUUCUCAAAACCAGAGAUUGAUAUGCCGAGGAAGAGUCCUCAAGGACGAUCAGCUUCUCUCCUCAUACAAUGUUGAAGAUGGACACACUUUACACCUGGUUGCGAGACCUCCAGCGGUCACUGAAGAAGCUACUGCAACACAAGCGCCAUCAGACUCGACAUCUCGCCAUCGCCCCUCUCAUGUUACUCAUAGCUUGCUACUCGGGACCAUCAACAUUCCAGAGGUACCGGAAGGAGGCAUACCCGACUUAAGCAGGAUUCUCUCGGCUGUUCUUAAUUCUGUCGGUUCCGGCGCUACAGCAUUGGACAAUCGACGAGGUGUUGCCGUGAUGCAAGUGGCUUCAUCAGGUCUUUCCACCUCAAAUGCUCCUGCCACCGCUACCUCCACCCCUGCUGCCGCUACUGGUCCUUCCACCGAAGGCAGACGCUCCACAGCGCAAGCAUCGGCCGAAAAUAUUCAUUUUAGGAACAUAGAGGUUGUUCCAGAUGCGCUAACAACCAUAUCGCAAUACUUGACGAGAAUGGAACAAGCUUUUGCUGAAUAUGGCUACGACGCUUUAGAUAACCCCCUUUUGUCCUCGAGCUCCAGGCCUAGGUAUAAUAGCGCUAGUUCGUCUGCAGCGACCGGUUUACCUUCUCGACCCCUUCCAACUCCAGCAUCCCUGGGUGCUACUAUUUCUCGUGCUCAGGAACUUUUGCAUGGUCAAGCCAGCUCAGCUCUUGCGCAUCUUGCUUCCCAACUAGAAACGGAGGCGACACUAUCCGAUACAGCGGCUCGUGUAGAUCUGCAAUCCACUGCUGUUUGGAGUGGAAACAUAAUGCAACAACUCGGUGCGCUACUAAUGGAACUUGGUCGGACAACUUUAUUGUUGCAGCUUGGGCCAUCUCCAGCUCAAGCUGUUGUAAACUCUGGCCCAGCAGUGUUCGUUUCACCGUCUGGUCCAAAUCCAAUGAUGGUGCAACCUCUUCCGUUCCAAACAGGCUUGCCUUUGGGAGCAUUUCCGUUGGGAACAGCAGCCGAAGCUGGAAGUGCCAGGACCGUCGGCAUGAACCUAAACGCGGGUGAUUCUACUCGUCGACCCUUCACACACAUUCCUUUAUUUGGCGGUUCCCUACGUCAUCUCCAGCAUACUGCAUCCGACUUACUGGCAUCCGCCUUGGAGCCUAGUGCGGUGGACGAGAACGGCGGCCAAACGGGCGAAGGCUCCGAAGCCAGGCAGUCACCAGAUGCCGCUCGCUCUCCCAGUGAUCUGGAGAAUCCCGAUCAGAGCGUAGCACUGCUAGUCCAAGACAACGGCUCCGUGAGGCUGGUACCAAUGAGGACGCGAACGGCCACUAGCGUCAAUCUUCACUCGUCAUCCUUGUUCCGGGGCCUGCGGUCGUCGUCAGAAGCUGUUACUGUCCCGGUGCUUGGCAUCCGGGCACAAGUUCAUGCUCAUCCAUGGACGCAAGCAGUGCUGCAGGCGUCGGAAGGACAGCGGCCAGUUGGUAUCGCAGUGACGAUCCCGGUGGACGUGACGAGCUCUCGAGGGAAUGCGCAAAACGGCUCUGCAGAUACCGGGAUGGACUUCGCUGUAAACGCAAGCGCAACGCCUAUGGAUCUCCCCGCCGCAGAACAAGGCCGCCAAGACGAGGCCCAUGAGGGAUCCCAGGGAAACCAAAUGGAAGCGAGCACCACCGUGAAGCCGCAGGCCUCGGAGGGCGCAGAGGGAGAGAGAACAGCGUCACGCAAACGAGCCGGAGGAGCCGACGGUGGCGGCGCCGCUGAGAGUUGCAUGUCUACGACCCCAGAGUCCGAGGGGCCGCAAGAAGAGAGCGAAGCCAAGCGUCGAAAGACCGACAGCAAUGGAGACUAGUAACAGAUCGCGGAGUUUACAAAUAACGUCGCCACUAUAUUUAUGAUCAAUGAUUAUUUGAGAGAGCAGCAUAGCUAGUUAUGUACUAUGCUAGUAUCGUAUCUAUCGCCCUUGUGUAAAUUCGGCUAUAAUCAACAUGAAUUCUUUUUAA